UUUCCGAGAACAUUAGAUGGACGCCGAUAGAGUACUUUAAUAACGCCAUCGUGGUAGAACUUCUCGAGGGUAAAAGGCCACCUGGUCUCUUCCUAGUACUGGAUGACGUUUGCGCGACGUUACACGGCGGUAGCACGGGCGCCGACGUCGACUUGAAGAAGAAACUGGCAGGAGCGGCCAAACAACACGGCCACUUUCAAGACAUCAGCGAUGGUUUCGCAAUCUUGCAUUAUGCCGGUGCGGUGUCCUACUCCGUCGACGGAUUUUGCGAUAAGAACCGGGACGUCCUCUUCUUAGAUCUGAUCGAGUUGAUGCAAACCAGCUCCAAUUCCUUGGUGCGUGAACUUUACCCGCGGGACACCGGUAAAACGAAGACUCUCAAGUCCAGACCAACCACCGCGGGCAGUAAAAUCAGAAAUCAAGCGAGUCGCUUGGUCGGUCAACUGAUGAAAUGCACGCCGCAUUACAUUCGAUGCAUCAAGCCGAAUGAGACGAAAAAGCCGCGCGACUGGGAUCAUCUCAGAGUCAAGCAUCAGGUGGAAUAUUUAGGUCUGAAGGAAAAUAUUCGAGUACGCAGGGCUGGCUUCGCCUAUAGACGAACGUUUGCCAAGUUUCUACACAGAUAUGCGAUUCUCACCAAAGAAACCCGGCCUCGUUGGCCCGGUGAAGAGAAACAGGGCGUAGAGUGGAUAUUGGGGAGUGUUCAUAUCGACAGAUCGCAAUAUCAGCUCGGCAGAUCGAAGCUAUUCAUCAAAGCGCCCGAAACCCUCUUCAUGCUGGAGGAAACUCGUGACCGGAAGUACAACAUGUAUGCGCGAGUUAUACAGAAAGCCUUCAAAAAGUACUUUGCCCGGAAGAGACAGCAACAACAGAAACAGGAAGCCGCUAAUUUACUCUUCGGUCAUAAGGAGCGGAGACGGGCGAGUCUGAAUAGAAAUUUCGUGGGUGAUUACAUUGGGCUGGAAGGCAAGUCGCAGACAAUGAGUCUGCUCGGAAGACGGGAAAAAGUGUUCUUUGCCGAGGUCGUGAAAAAAUAUGACAGAAGAUUCAAGAUGUGCAGGCGAGAUCUCAUCCUCACCGGGAAGUAUCUUUAUUUAAUCGGCCGGGAGCAAAUAAAGAAAGGUCCCGAAAAGGGUAAAUCUGUGCAAGUUAUUAAAAGAAAGCUUCCAUUUAAUCAGAUUAGCCAUGUGUCACUAAGCACGCUGCAAGAUAAUUUCAUAAUUAUUCAUACGAGGGAGGAUUAUGCCAGCUUAUUAGAAUCGGUAUUUAAGACGGAAUUUCUAUCUGUUCUCAGCAAAAAAUAUCUCGAGGACAUUGGUCAUCCUUUGAAUGUUAAAUUUAGCAAUGACUUGGAAUUUAAAGUGAAGAAGGAAGGUUGGAGUGGCGGUGGAACGAGGCAUGUAAAAUUCACGCAAACCGAUUACGGCGAUAAGGAGAUUUUAAAACCGUCCGGCAAAAUUCUCAACGUCAGUAUCGGUCCAGGAUUACCAAACACAACAAAGCCUAAUUCGGAUCGAUCGACAUUGUUUGUUCGUUCGCACAAUGAUAACAUGUCGAGAUCGAUUCGUUCAGCACCGAAGCUACGCGAUUUAACUUCAAUCACAGUUGGGAAUAAUCACGCGAUCACGACAGAUAGACCCCCUCUUCGUCCGGUAGCAGCCGUGAGAUCUAUGACUUCUACACAAGCGACUUUAAACGGUAGACCAAACAUUCCACCGAAUCGUCCGAACAUUCAACCUAUACAGCUUCAAAGGGAUAUGAGAAACGGAACAAACUAUCCCAACAAGCUACAGGACAAGCAGAUUGCUGUGAUGGGCAUGUUUAUCAAUCCCAAUACCGGACCACGUGGUUUGCUCAAAUUUCCUCCACCACCCACGGAACCACCGCCACCGCACGAACCUACAAGAUUCAAAUUACCCCCUCUCAACGGCGAACAUAACGCUUCUGGUCAUCACAAUAAAGGAAUGCAAACAUCCCAAGAAUGGAACAUCAAGCAAACUAACGACGCGCUGGACCGCGUAAGAAGAAAGGAGGAUAAUAUCGCGUAUGCGGUAGCUAAUAGAAAGAUGCCUCCCCAGAAACCUGCACCACCGAGUUUGCCAAAAGUCAAAGCCUUGUACGACUACGAGCCGCAAGAUCUCGACGAGUUAGGCCUCAGGGAAGGCGACAUCGUAGAAGUACUCAAAGAACAUGAGGGUGGUUGGUGGCAUGGAAGACUGAAAGGGAAGACUGGUCUUUUCCCUUCGAACUAUGUUGAAAAAAUAUGAACUACGUAACCGAUUUUUUACAUAGUUAUCGAAAAAUGCUAUUGAAUUAUACAAAAUAAAGGAAAAUAAUAAGCACGCGUCCCCUUCCCUCUGUUGUUUGCAAUUACCAUGAUAUACUUAUUGUACGAAACUUUAAUUAAAUAUUAACGAGGAAGAUCAUCAAUGCCAAAGUCGUCAAAGAAUUUGUAAUUGAAAGUGAGCGCAAUAAUUUUGCGAGUGUAUUGUUUGUUAUUUAAUUAAGAUCGUUACGCGAUAAGUUUAAUGGUAGAGAUUGCGAACCGAUAGUACAAUACCAUUAUUCUCGAAUAUAUUUUUUUUUCUGGAAAAAACUCAUCUCAUUAUAUAAUCGGAUGAGUUUAUAAUCGCCAAUAAACUUGAUCUGCGAUAAAGCAUCUCGUUAUGAAAUUUCAAAGAAACGUAAUAAGUCGAUAAGAUAUACUGUUAUUAUUGGUUAGUGUAUAGUAGAUUUGUAACUUUUCGUGUAAUGUACAGAUCGCAAUCGAUAUUUAUAUAGUCAACCAAGUGUGUCACGGUUAUCAAACCCGGAAGUGACAAAUAGUCAUUCAUAUCGCAUUAACAUGUAAUGAUGUGUGUACAUAGCGUCACUGCCAUCGCAAAAUAUCCGUUAAUAAAAUUGUAUCUCAAUUAUA